CACACUUUACAAUUAGUGAUCAAACCCGCACUUGAUCUCCCAAAUAUCGCAAAAAUCAUCGGAAAAUGCAGGAAGCUUGUGGGGCAUUUCAAGCAUUCCACGACUUUAGCUGCAGAACUAUCCAAGCGGCAGAAGCUACUGGGGAUUCCUGUUCACGAUUUGAUUCAGAACGUACCGACUAGAUGGAAUUCCGCACAACAGAUGAUGCAGCGUUUGACUGAACAAAGACGCGUCCUUACCGAUAUCAUGCUUGACGAUAAAGUCACUAAGAAGGAGUUUUCUCUACUUCUUUUAAAGGACCAUGAAUGGGAACUUAUCGACCAAUUAUCUAAUUUUUUGAAGGACUUUGCAGAAGUCACAACCUACAUGAGUACAGAAACGCAUGUAUCCAUUUCUCAAAUCUAUCCGAUUGUUUGUGGGCUCCUUCGGCGAAUUGAUGAUUUUUCUGGGGACAUGGAAAGUAAUAACAUACACAGAGUUCGCGAAACUGUUAAAGAUGAGCUAUUGCGUCGUUACAAGCCUACAUCUAAGGAUACUGCCAAAUCGAUCGCGAUGGUCGCUUCUUUCCUAGACCCCCGGUACAAAAACUUGAAGUUCUUAUCUAAGGAUCAGAGAAAUAUUACGAGAAGUGAAAUAGAGUCUCUGUUGGAUGAUCUGCCCCUUAGCGACACCGCUAAAUCUGUAGAGCCACCAACAAAAAGGAUUCGGCGGCCAAGUGGUAUUGAAUUCCUUACAAAAUUUUCACCUGAGAAAGACGUUAAUGACCGGGAAAACGAACUUGAUAUUUACAUCGGCGAGGAGUUAGAAUCUAUCGAAGACCCUCUUUCGUGGUGGCGGGGAAACGAAAACAAAUUUCCAUCGAUCGCUAAACUGGCAAGAAAAUUUCUUGGCUCCCCAGCAACAUCAGUGCCAUCAGAACGCAUAUUUUCUUCGGCCGGAUUACUCGUAUCAAAAUUGAGAGAUCGUCUGUCUUCAGACACUGUUGACAAAAUCAUAUUCCUGAACAAAAACUGUUGACUUUCCAUU